AUGGGCGCGCAUAGUGCAGAUUUGGAUGCGCGGGAUGCAGAUCUGGUCGCGCUGAGUGCAAGUCUGGUCGCGCGGAAUGCAGAUCUGGUCGCGCGGAGUGCAGAUCUGGAUGCGUGGAAUGCAGAUCUGGUCGCGCGGAGGGCAUAUCUGGUCGCGCGGGGUGCAGAUCUGGAUGCGCGGAAUGCAGACCUGGACGCGCAGAAUGCAGAUUUGGUAACGAAAUGUGCAGAUCUGGGUGAAGGGGGAGUAGAUCUGGGCGCGGGAGGAGUAGAGUCUAAGGUAUCAGGUUCGUACAGUUUCGAUGUCUGCGCGGACCUCCCUCCUGCUUGCGCAGACGAUGCUGCUGCCUUAGCGAACAUCCUUGAUGCCUUUGCGGACGACAUUGCUGCCUUCACAUAUGAGUUACUCCCUCCGCUUCCACUCAUGCCACUCAUAUCAACCCUUGCUGCUCCCAUCCUUCUCUUGCCAUCCCACUUACUCACCCCCCUCUCCCACUCCCACCCCCCGCCCUCCCAACCCCCCCCUCCCCCUGUCCGCCUUAGCAGGUUGCUCUGGACCCGCAUGCAACGACUUGGCGGGCAGCAGGGCGCUCUUCCUUGGCUGCACCGAACCGACCGCCUGUCACACGCGCCUCCCAAGAGACAAGAUGAGUAA